AAUCGUUGGGCAUAAACAAAUGUCAAGCCUAAAGCGUCUGCUGGGUCUGCUUUGUGAUGCUGAGAAGUGCGAAUGCAAAACGUUGUUUGGACUGAGUUUAACUUAAAAUUCAAUCAGAUGAGGACUUAAACCGCCACCUCGUACUCAAAAUGAACUUGAAAAUUCUUUGAUUUGUGGGGUGGUGUCAAUUAUGACGGUCUACUGGGAUCAUGCACCGUUUCUUGUGUGGGAGGUUGAUGCUGUUUUUGAUAGGAGUAGUUGGUUUGCUCCAGCUCAUCCACAUCAUCCUCCUGAAUCGCUUAGAAUCUCGCCAGCGCAAGAAUAAUCAUGUCCCGCAACCAGCAUAUGGACAAUUGCCCAAAUACAGCCCUGCUGGCGACCAGGUCGAAGAAGAAUUGUCAGCCUUUGCGGCAUUUAUUGAAAGAAAUUGGGUUUUGGACACCAGUGGCGAAUAUCACAUAAGUUUGUUGCAGCCCUACGAAAGAGACUCUAGAAGUCACUUACAAGACAUUACUCUUGUCACUCAAUGUUCACAAGAUCACUUGCCUUCUCUCAUUCGGCUGGCACAUCAGUGGAAGGGGCCCUUGUCUGUUGCAGUGUUUGCAAGAUCAGGGCAUGAAUGGUCCACACUUCUAGAACUGGCAAAAUUACAUUUGUCAGAGGAGUUUCUUAAAAACUAUGUAACAUUUUCAUUUGUGUGGCCAGUUAGUGCUGCUGGUGGACUACCCUCCAAACCAGCCAGUAUUCCUCAACAGAAUGCUUCGGAGAGCAAUUACAACCAUAUUGAUGCUUACCCUAACAACCUGUUAAGAAAUACUGCUCGCAGAGCAGCUGUAACAGAUUUUGUAUUAGUGAUUGACGUUGAUAUGGUGCCAAGUCAAGGACUCAGAGAGGAUUUUCUGCACCUUGCGACCCACAACAGUUGGUUUCAAAAGAAUCUUACUUUAGACAAGACUGUUUUUGUGAUACCUGCUUUUGAAGGCAACAUUAUUCCUCAAACAAAGGUGGAACUCAUUCGUGCUGUUGAGGCUGGAAAUGUUCGUCCCUUUUAUGCACAACUUUGUUGGAAGUGCCAUGCACAUACAGAUUAUGAAACCUGGCUUCAUCAACCAGUGCACAAAAAGUUAGCACCAACAUACGAUGUACUGUGGAAAGACCCAUGGGAGCCAUUUUACAUAUCCCUGAACUCUGUGCCUUUUUAUGAUGAGCGCUUCAAGCAGUAUGGAUUCAACCGCAUCAGCCAGGUGUGUGAACUUCACGUGGCAGGCUUUAAGUUCACAGUGCUAAACAAAGCCUUUGUAGUCCACAAUGGCUUCAAAACCAAAGACUCAUUUCACCCAGGAAAGGAAGAUGAACUUGAACUAAAUCGAAGACUCUACAGGCAGUUUAAGACAGAGCUGAAAAGCAAAUACUCCGAGUCUUCAAGACGCUGCUAUUAGCUACCGUAGUAUUUAAGUUUCAUUCAAAAAAUCAUGCUGUUCAUCUUUUACAAUCUAUCAUUAUUGUUUCAUUACUAUUGCUUAAUAUUUUUUCUAGAAAUAGGCAAUUUUUCAAACAGAACUCAAUGAAUGAUUACACAGUGGUGAUAAAUGUCUUCCAUAGAGUAUAAACCUGUAGGUUUAAGAAGAAAUCAGAAACAAACUUCUAGUCAAAAUAAAGCUUUAAUACGAAAAGCAAUGCCAUGUAAUACACAGGAAUUCUUUAUACACCAUUUUUUUCCCCAAUAAAAGUGAUCCAUUAUUUUAUGCCUC